AAUCUGCUGUUUUACCGCCUCAAAUCAAAAUCAAAUUGUUUCAGUGACAGCUAGAUAGCUAACGUUAGAUUGCUUUAAUCUGAAUGCUUAGUGGCUAGCUAAUGCGAGCUACCUGACAACGUAUGCGGUGUAUCAAAUACAAUAUUCUGUAUUUUAGCUAUGGUUAAAUCAUUUAAACGGCAGAUUAUUCAGUUAGCAAGAUAACUGAUUGUGUUAUCUACGUUCGCAUACUCAUCAUCUAUUGAUCAGAUGGUCCAAGUUAGCCAGCUGGCUAGCUAUAGCUAGUAGCUGCAUACUACUAAUAAAGUAGUUACUCAACGUUACUAGCCUCGCUAGCUAGCACAGCUGGGUGUCAGCCAACUACGCAAGAUGACAGCGCUUUAUUUUACAGCAAAUACAUUUCCAUUUAUCUGAUGUAUUUGCGUAUGUGCAAUUAUAAGCAAAUGCCAUUCCAAAUAGUGUAAGCGAUGUUUUUGGACGCGAACAGCUUGCUAGUAGUCACAUCAAACCUCUGUCAUGUUCAUGCCUGUCCACUGACACUGUUGUGAAGUUGCACAUACGUCGCCUGACAUCAUUUUGGCACCAACAUCUCUUUUGUUCUCCCUCUCAAGCUAUUAACUUUAUUUUCUAUUCAAUUGUAGAAGUACUGUAAUAACAAAUGAAGUUAAUGAAACACCUAAAUGCUUUUUCCCCAUUAUAAUGUGUUUAUUACAGACCCAAAUGACUGGAAUAAACUGAUACAAUUCUUCCUCUCUGCCAAGAUGUCAAAAAGAGAAAGAGAAAGGCCAUAUGCCCCUCCCCCUCCCCCAGCCCCUACAACACAAUUGCCCAACACCCCCGGGUUUGUGGGGUACAACCCCUACAGUCAUCUGGCUUACAACAACUACAGGCUGGGAGGGACAACAAGCAACAACAGUCGGGCAACGAAUUCUUCAGGAAUAAACAUUCCAAAGCCACCCAAGCCACCAGACAAGCCGUUGAUGCCAUACAUGCGAUAUAGUCGCAAGGUUUGGGAUCAAGUAAAAGCCUCCAAUCCUGAUCUGAAGCUAUGGGAAAUUGGGAAGAUAAUCGGUGGCAUGUGGAGGGACCUCACUGAUGAGGAGAAACAGGAUUACUUGAAUGAUUACGAAGCAGAGAAGAUUGAGUACAAUGAGAGCAUGAAGGCCUACCACAACUCUCCAGCCUACCUGGCUUACGUCAACGCUAAGAGCCGCGCCGAAGCCGCUCUGGAGGAGGAAAGCCGACAGCGCCAGUCUCGUCUCGACAAGGGUGAACCGUACAUGAGUAUCCAGCCAGCAGAUGACCCAGAUGAUUACGACGAUGGAUUCUCCAUGAAGCACUCGGCUGCCGCCCGUUUCCAGCGUAACCACCGCCUGAUCAGUGAGAUCCUGAGCGAGAGCGUGGUCCCCGACGUGCGCUCCGUCGUCACUACCGCCCGCAUGCAGGUCUUAAAACGGCAGGUCCAGUCUCUUAUGGUGCACCAGGUCUCUCUCUGUGUGUCUGGUCCACAGAGGAAGCUGGAGGCGGAGCUACUUCAGAUUGAAGACCGCCACCAGGACAAGAAAAGGAAAUUCAUCGAUGCCACAGAGUCUUUCACCAGCGAGCUGAAAAGGCUGUGUUGUAUGAAAGUGGAGGUGGACAUGGAGAAGAUAUCUGCAGAGGUCGCUGCGGCAGAGGAUGCAUCCCGCAGGCGUAUGUCGGAGCGGGAGAAGGAGGCGUCCACGUCCUCUUGCCUGGAGGAGGAGGAGAAACCAGUUGGCCCGUCAAACGGCAGCAAGAGCCAGCAGGAGUCUUUCAGUGACAGCAGCAACAAGGAGAGAGAGGAGACUGAACCCAGCCCCAUGGAUACUGGUGAGAAGUCAAAGGCCACGGAGGAGUCGACGGCUCGUCCUGCCAGUGAGGUUGAGGAGGGGGCGCCGUCAGAGGACAAGGAGAGUGUUCCAGAAGGGGUGAUGGAGGAGGGCACCAGUGACAGUAACACAGGGUCGGAGACCACCUCUGCCGUGACGGAGGACGCCCCGCCCAGCGAGCCAGCAGCCUCAGAGGGGCCGAGCAGGGCACGCCCUACCGCCCACUGAGGUUUCGACCUAUGACCUUUGGGUCGAGAAAUGUCCAUGAUGCAUCACUCCAUCUCUACAGUCACACUCUGAUGAUAACACAUUGCACAUUAUUAUCUAUGUGAACAAAAGCUGUGUUUAGAUGGGUUUUUAUUUCUGCUAGGAAGUUUUAUGCAGUUGGUUGAAUCUUCAGAGCUCUGUUGGCAGGGUCAAAAUAGACCUGCUGUCAAUUUGCAAAGCGCUUCAAGUCCUCAAAGCAAAGCAAUUAUCCCAACUAAAGUGAAUGAUGUCUAAAUUGAGUCACAAUAAAGCCCACGUGAAUUCCCCGUAAUUCCCUCACAGACCGCAGUGCCAGUCGAAAGCAACCAUCCAUCACCUGUCACUAUAUCAAAACAUAUCUCCUGUCUUAUUCUAUGGUACUAUAUCUGGCAGACACCAGAUCUUACCAAUUGAGGCUGGUUGUAAAAACUGUCACAAAAAAUGAGUUGUUCAAUGUUUAAUUACUUGUUCUUUGGAGUGUAAUGUUGCUUUCAAUGUUAUUUUUGCAUGGUGUCGCUCCUCUAAUGGGAGAGUUUGCUUUAGUAGCGGAGGGAGUGGGGCGACUCCUCUGCCCAAUAUUAUUUCAUGUUUACUCUAAGUAUCAGUAUUAAGUGACAGUAUUGUCUCAGGAGUUAAUAGAAAUAAGUAGUUGUUUUCAUUAUUUAUUAUUAUUCUUGUGUAUUGCGAGUCCUGGGCCCAGUCCAUCCGUCCACCAACCUGUUGUAAUGCUACGAGUUCAUCCAUGCUGUACAGUUUUACCAGUCAGUGUUCCAAAGUCUGCUAGCUCUCAAUCAAAUCAAAAGCGGUAUGCUUAGAACAACCUUUCAGUGUUAUGUUGUUAUGACCAGUAGUACAAUGUUUGACCCAGAACAAACUCUUAAAUGUUAAUAUGCAAUGUAAUAAGCAGUGUUGCAAGGUUUGCGUGAACGUGAGUGGUUUUCCAUCUCAUCCUAAAGCAACUUGAAGAGCAGAGUGAGUCAUCAACAUACUGUCUUAAAAAUCGAUUUUGUUUGACAUAUUUAUACCAAUAAACUUUUCUACCCUGA